CCUACGUAUGUAGUAAAAAAAUGGCGGCUGAGGAGAAGGACCGACCCAACUGGUCCUCUAGCUACAGAGUAAGGCGCUCCAUUGGCAAGGGUAGUUACGGCGAGGUGUUCUUGGUCACUUAUCGAGGAGACGGGAAGCAGUACGUGAUGAAGAACAUAAAACUCACUGCUAGCAGCGCCAAGGAGCGACGAGCUGCUGAACAAGAGGCCUCUCUACUCUCUCGACUGAAGCACCCGAACAUUGUGUCAUAUAGAGAGUCUUUCCAGGACAGCAGCUGUGUCCUCCACAUUAUCAUGGGCUACUGUGAGGGUGGUGACCUUUCUUCAAGACUGAAGGCCCAAGGAGGUCGUCUGCUGCCUGAGAGACAAGUAGUUGAGUGGUUUGUACAGAUUUGUCUGGCUCUCCAGUACCUCCAUGACAGAAACGUUCUGCACAGAGACCUCAAAACUCAGAACAUAUUCUUGAGCAAGCAUGACAUCAUCAAGGUUGGGGACUUAGGAUUGCCAGAGUGCUGGAUGGUUCCUGUGAUUUGGCCAAGACUGUUGUUGGUACUCCAUACUACAUGAGUCCCGAGCUCUUCUCUGACCAGCCGUACAACCACAAGUCUGAUAUCUGGGCCCUCGGCUGCUGCGUGUAUGAAAUGGCAACCCUGAAGCACCCAUUCUCAGCUCACAACAUCAAUGCUCUCAUGGUCAAGAUUGUCAAGGGACAGAAGGCUCCAGAGCUGCCUCAGCAGUUUAGCCCAGAUCUGAGUGGCCUGGUACAAGGGAUGCUGUCACGUGAUGCUGCACUGCGACCCAGUGUCCACCAACUGCUCAGGAAGGAGUACAUUAGAACUCACAUAAAGAUGUUCCUAGACACGGCUGCCAGUAGAAAGAGGAGAAAGAAAGUGCGGCCACAACAAGAAGAGAAAGGUGCAUGUGAUCCAAGGAGCGAAGUGGUGGGGAUUGUGAGUAGCAGCAGCAGUCUGGAGGAAGAGAUGUGUGAAGAGAGAGGUGGAGAGGGGGGAAGGAGUAAAGUUGCUGGGAGGGAAGAGGAAGAGUCCUUCACUCUGCUGGACUCCACCCUCCACUGCGAGAGCACACCUGAUGAUGGUAGAGAGGUGUGUGGUGUGGGAAAUGCUGCCUUGCGUCCUGGGAGAUUACGAGAGAGAAUUGCUGCUCUCAGGAGGGAGUGCGAGACUGGGCUUGGAAAAGAGUUGGUGACCACUGCACUCUCCUCCCUUAACAUGCUAGAUCCUGAAAAUGAUCCUGAUAUGAAGUUGCUUCUCCCUGUCCUGGGCUCUGUGGCACAUGAACAAUAUGGUCCAAAACUGAGGCAGCUCUGGCUCUGUGAAGAUGCUCUUAUGGAUCAUUAG